GGCUUCAAUUUGACAUCAGUUCGCAGUCUGCUCUAAAGCCGCAACUAACAACCAACUCAGCAAAUCAAACAACCAACAAAUCAAUUCACCAUGUUUAAAUACGCUGUUGUCCUCUGCGCUCUGGUUGCCUGCGUUGCCGGCAAGCCAGGAUUGCUGCAUGCACCGCUGGCUGCUCCAGCUGCCGUCCUUGCAGCACCUACACCUGUGAUUACCGCUGCCAGUAGCCAAGUGGUGGCCAGGACGUUCAAUGGCAUCGCAGCUGCACCCGUUAUUGCCGCUGCUCCCGUGCCAGUUGCUGCUCCAUUCAUCAGAACGGUGGCACCAGUUGCAGCUCCACUCAUCAGACCUGUGGCACCAAUUGCUGCUCCUCUGGCUGCUCCAGUUUUCCGACCUGUGGCACCAGUUGCCGCUCCUCUGGCUACUCCAUUCGCCGCUCGAGUAGCAGCUCCUCUAGCUGCUCAAAUUGCUGCUCCUCUAGCUGCUCCCUUUGCUGCGCCAUUCGCUGCUCCGUUGGCGGCUCCACUUGCUCAUCCGUAUGCGGCACCUGUAUUUGCCAAAUACACAGCCCCCUUGGCUUAUGGAUCAGCUCCGCUGAGCUAUGCAGCAGCACCCGCAUUGUGGUAGGAGCUGUGU